GAAUAAUUUUAACUAGUCAUGCCCUCCAUAUAAAAGUUAAAGAUUCAUAUUUCAAAAGAUAAAAUUAUGAAAAACCAAAAAAUUGAAAACACCAAAUUUGUUUUCUUCUUUCUUUUCACAAAAAUACUAAAAUUUCCCUCCCUCUUUCUCCUUCCAUACAUUAGAAAAACUCAAUUUUUCCUCCUCUUUCUCUUCCAUAAAAUUGAAAGAACCAAAUUACCCUCUUCUUUCCUUCUACAAAAAGUUGAAAAAGUCAAAAGUUUCCCUCAUUAUUUCUCUUUCAUAAUCAAAAGAAUCAAACUUUUGCACUUCUUUCUCUUCCCACAUAUCAAAACUACCAAAAUUCCCACUUGUUGCUUUUCUGAAAAAUUCAAAGAUUCAAAUUUCUCUCUUCUUUCUCUUCCCAAAAAUUUGAAUACACCAAAAUUUUCAUCUUCUUUUAAAAACAUCAAAUUACCAAAUACAUUACUUUACUUUAUUUAUAUUUAAUUGAUAAUUUUAUUGAAUAGUUAAAUUAACCAAAAUUUUAAUUUAUAUAUUAUAUUAAUAUUGUCAUGAUCUCAAGUGACCUUCAUGUUUCAAUUUUAGUAAUGUUCUUAAAAUACGUAAUAUCAAGUGAGUUUCAUAUUUUUAAAAUUUCUUAUACGAAAUGAAAAAAUAAUUUUAUUUAAGUUUAGAAUGAAAAACUUUAUUUUGAAAAACUAUGUAUUGUAUAUUUUUAUAAUUAUUCAAGUGGAUCAGAUGAAAUUCGGAUUGAGUCGGUCGGGUUCGGGUUAAUCGGGUUACGGGUCAGUCGGGUUGCGGGUCAAUGGGGUUCGGGUUAAUUGGGUUGCGGGUUAGUCGGGUUGCGGGUCGGGCGGGUUACGGGUUGUUGGCUUUUAGUCGAUUCGAGUUACGGUCGGGUUACGGAUCGAAUUGAUCGGGCGGGUUAAUCGUGUCGGGCUAUGUUUUGACACCUACACCUGCCGGCCCAGCCCAGGUGAGGUGAGAAAGUGCAAUCACGACGAGUCAUGAGUCACGAGUCACUGACUGCGAGCAGCCACCGCCCCCUGUUUUAUCCCAAAAGAAAACCAGUGGGUCCGACCAGACGGCCGCUUGCACACCGGCCGGUCGCCAUCAAAUCCUUACAAUAAUCCCAAUUUAUAUUAAAAUAUUAAUAAAAAAUUCCCUAAAAGCCGUUGGCUAGGGCCGAAGGAAAGUUCGUUAAACGAGAACCCUCCACCACCGCACUCGCUGCCCCAUAUAAUUCUGUUGUGUUUGUCACCGCCUGUUGUAAAACACCCACCUCCUUACCCAUAUUCUCAUCUCCUUCCGCCUUGAACCCCACGCUUCUCUAAGCAACUUUCUUCCUCAAUUCCCUACUCCCCUCCAUAAUCGAAUCGAGAUUUCCCCCCCUGCCAGUCCUUCAAUUCGAACGAAACGAACCUCGUUUUCACUCGGUUCAGGUAUGCCGAUUCCUACUCCUCCGAUCGUCGCAUCUCUGAAUCGCGACUGAAAAAAUGUUUCCGGCGUUCCGAUUGCCGUGUUUUCUACCUUACUCUCUUCCCUGCGCCGCGCGAGGCCUCGUUUUCGUAGAGGGGGUGAAAGGAAACUGAGAGCAAUUAUGGUUUCGAAAGCUUCUGUUGUUUGGACGUUUGAGUAAAUCACAUUUUGAUUAACCGUUGUGCUCAACUCCGCGUCGAAAUUUUUCAGAUGGCUCCAACGGCUUUGAUCUGCGACACUCAGCCAUGGAAGGACUUGAAGGCUCAUGUUGGGGACAUUAAGAAGACUCACCUGCGGGAGUUAAUGGCUGAUACUGAGCGGUGCAAACAAAUGCUGCUCGAGUUCGACGGUAUAACACUGGACUACUCACGCCAGCAAGCUACUGUUGAUACAUUGAAGAAACUGCAGAAGUUGGCGGAGGCUGCGCAUCUGAAAGAUAAGAUUGAACGCAUGUUUAGCGGCGAGCAUAUUAACAGCACAGAGAAUAGGUCAGUGCUCCAUGUGGCUCUUCGAGCUCCAAGAGAUGCUGUGGUUAAGUGCGAUGGCAAGAAUGUUGUGCCAGAUGUUUGGAAGGUUUUGGACCAGAUUAAGGAUUUCUCUGACAAAGUCAGGAAUGGUUCUUGGGUUGGAGCCACUGGAAAACCGUUAACCGAUGUUAUUUCUGUUGGAAUUGGUGGCAGCUUUUUAGGUCCACUUUUCGUGCACACUGCCCUUCAAACAGAUCCGGAGGCUAGUAAACAAGCAAAGGGACGCCAACUACGAUUUCUCGCAAAUGUGGAUCCAAUUGAUGUUGCUAGAAAUAUUGCAGGCUUGAACCCUGAAACAACAUUGGUUGUUGUGGUUUCAAAAACUUUCACCACAGCUGAAACAAUGUUAAAUGCCCGCACACUAAGAACUUGGAUCUCGAAAGAACUCGGACCUUCUGCAGUUGCAAAACAUAUGGUGGCUGUUAGCACAAACCUCAUGCUUGUAGAAAAGUUUGGAAUUGAUCCGAAGAAUGCUUUUGCAUUUUGGGACUGGGUUGGUGGCAGGUAUAGUGUUUGCAGUGCUGUUGGUGUGGUGCCUUUGUCUCUCCAGUAUGGUUUCUCUGUGGUUGAGAAGUUCCUGAGUGGAGCAUGGAGCAUAGACAAACACUUCUCUUCUGCACCAUUUGAGAAAAAUCUGCCUGUGCUCUUAGGUUUAUUGAGCGUGUGGAAUGUUUCGUUUCUUGGAUAUCCUGCAAGAGCCAUCCUGCCGUACUCCCAAGCCCUGGAAAAGUUUGCACCACAUAUCCAACAGGUUAGCAUGGAAAGUAAUGGCAAGGGUGUAUCCAUUGAUGGGGUGCCACUUCCCCUUGAGACAGGUGAAAUUGAUUUUGGUGAGCCGGGAACCAACGGUCAGCACAGCUUUUAUCAACUAAUUCACCAGGGGCGUGUCAUUCCUUGUGACUUUAUUGGUGUUAUAAAGAGCCAGCAGCCAGUAUAUUUAGAAGAGGAGAUUGUCAACAACCAUGAUGAACUCAUGUCUAACUUUUUUGCUCAGCCCGAUGCUCUUGCAUAUGGAAAGACACAUGAACAACUGCUGAAGGAGAAUGUCCCUGAUCAUCUUAUUCCUCACAAGACUUUUACUGGCAACAGACCUUCGCUGAGCCUUCUGCUUUCUUCAUUGGGCGCUUAUAAAAUUGGACAGUUAUUGGCGAUCUAUGAACACAGAGUAGCUGUACAAGGCUUCAUAUGGGGCAUCAAUUCCUUCGACCAGUGGGGAGUCGAGUUAGGGAAGUCACUUGCCACUCAAGUUAGAAAGCAACUUCACGCUUCGCGGGCAAAGAAAGAACCAGUCCAGGGCUUCAACCCCAGCACCACUACAUUGCUAAACAAGUACCUAAAGGAGAGCUCCGAUGUCCCAGCUACUCCUACAACCCUUCUACCCAAUAUAUAAACAAGCACCAUCUAUUGCACGCCGGCAGAAGAUCUCUCUCUCUUCUUUCAUCAGGCAUCGUUUUUGUACCAUAGCUAUAACGAACGGAAUACUGCUUACACAAUACACUACAUACAGCAAGACUACAUGUUGCUGUAACCUCGAAUAUCUUUCGAGGCUCGUUUAAGUUAAGCCCCCAUUAAGUGCAAGCUUGUGGUUAGGAAUUCUUUCUUCUAAUGGCAGUAGACUAGCGUAGUAAAGGCUGCAAUGUGUG